CUUAAGGUGUUAAGCAAAGGCAUUUGUCUCAAGAAUCUCUGUAUCUUGGAGAUUAAUAUAGUCAGUAAUAUAGAAGACUAUUUAGCUAGGCUACUUCUUGCCCAUAAAAUGACUUUGCGUGAUAUAUAUCUAGAAUUAAUCAAACUUCCAACUCUAGAGUCCUGGAAAUUAUUACUUAAGACUAUUCGGGAUGAACUUUGUUUAGACUGUCUUGAGAUCACGGACUGUGAAGCCAGUGAUCGUAUUAUUAUAUUUAGUAAUAAGCAGUUAUAG